GGAAGGUAAACACCCUUUCGCCGUGUCAGAAAUGUGAUUUCAUUCUGCUGCGAUGGCAAGUUCUGCCGUCUGGCUCUUUUUUUCUCCCUCUUUCUUCUUCUUCUUCUCCCCCUCCCUCUAUUCCCACAUCUGGAUCCCAGUUCCUCAUUCAGUUAUGUGGUCUCCCUUGUUUUUGUGGGUCUUUAAAAGUCCUUUACCUUGUUCACUUGGCAGUUUCUCCACAAAUCUGAUGAGGUCCACAAUUACAUUUCGCUAUAACUGGUCAACUCAGCAAUUACAUGCUUGACCACAAAUUCUCUCCAAAACACAGUGCUGCGGCUCAUAUGGCAGACAGAAAUAGAAUAGUUUUCAUGUCUGUUUGGACGGCCGCCCAGCUGAAACUAUGCUCCACCGCUUGACUGACAGAGGGAUGUGGGCUUUUUCUCCCCAAGAAAAACCUUUCUUCCAGUUGAGCUACCAGUUCCCCAGUUAAGCUGCAAGGAGAGAGGAGCUUGCAGGGCAGGGGUAGAGGCUUGCGCCUCAACAAUGAAAACUCCAGGGGACACAACCUUUACGACGCUGACCUGAGGCUGGGGUGCUGUGCUGAAGUGGUAUGGACACAGAUAGAAUGGCUAGUCCUCAGAGCUCCAGAAUGGCCACUCCUCAGAGCUCCAGAAUGGCCACUCCUCAGAGCUCCAGACACAGUAGCUCUGUUUCAUCAUCUCCAAUGAGCAGGAUGCACUCGCUUCAGGUGGACUCGGUGCAGCGCUGGAUGGAGGACCUGCGUCACAUGACGGAGGUGGAGUGCAUGUGCGUGCUGCAGGCCAAGACCAUCGGCGUGGAGGAGGAUGCCCAGGGCGAACUCAUCGUGGCCACAGGGGACCACGUGGCCCGCGACAACCUGCAGACGCUGCUACGGCGGGCGCUGGUGGUCAGCACUGAGCUGGGCAAGAUGUUCCAGCGGCUGGAGAAGGGCCGCUGGCAGCGGGUUCACAGCACGGCCGUCCGGGCAAACUGCCACGUGCGCUCGCUGGUGCACGAGUAUAGCGCCGCCCGCAACACCCCCGCAGAGAUGCAGAAGUAUGAGAAGUCUUUGCUUGAGAAGUGCAUGGAGCUGACCACCAUAACAGAGAGAUGCCUUCAUACUGAGGACAAAUUCUUCCUGAAGUCCAUGAGGGAGGCCAUUCACGAGAUCCUCACUGAUGUCAGCGAUUCGUUCAGCCACAUGAUUGACAUGGCCCUGGCCAAUGAGAUCCAGAUCCUGAUCAGGCAGAUUGAGUCAUCAGACAGUGUGUACACCAUCGGCAGUGCCAUCAGCAACCUACUCUCCCUCACCCAGGAUGGCCCGCAGCUCUGCAGCAUCAUCGCCAAGGAGGGCGCUGUGGUGGCCCUGUUUAAGAUCUGCCGGCAGGACUGCUUCAGCGACCUCUACGCACAUGCCCUGAGGACAGUGGCCUCCAUAUGUUGCGUGGAGGAGGGCAUCAACCAGCUGGAGAAGGUGGAUGGGAUCCUGUGCCUGGCUGACAUCCUGACCGAUGAAAACAGUACUGAGGCGGCGAGGGCAGAGGCAGCGGCGGUGGUGGCCCAGAUCACCUCGCCCCACCACACCUCCACCCAGCACCUGGGCAGCUUCUUAGAGAGCAUGCAGGACAUCGUCACCGCCCUCAUCAAGUUGUGCGAGAGUGCCUCCUGUGGUGAGGUUUUCCUCCUGGCGUCUGCUGCCCUUGCCAACAUCACUUUCUUCGACAGCAUGGCCUGUGAGAUCCUCCUCCAGCUCAACGCCAUCCACAUCCUCCUCCAGGCCUGCAAAGACCGCAAGAGAGUGGAUACUCCCUACUCUAAAGACCAGGUGGUGACCAUCCUGGCAAACCUCUCUGUUUUGGAGCAGUCUGCAUCUGAAGUCCUGCAAGAGAAGGGUAUUGAGAGACUGCUCCAGCUGCUGGGCGAGAAGCCAUCCUCCUCCAGUCCAUCGGAGGGCGCAGCGUGCGAGCGGGUCCAGCAGAAAGCCGCUGUAACACUGGCCCGUUUGAGCAGAGACCCGGAUGUGGCCCAAACAGCCAUCCAGCUGCAAGCUGUUCCUCGACUAAUCGAACUGUGUCGCUCACCAGCAGAGAGGAACAACAGCGACUCUGUACUGGUUGCAUGUCUGGCUGCCCUGAGGAGGCUGGCGACGGGGUGUCCAGACAGCAUCGAGGCCGCCGACCACCAGCAGCUGAUCAAGCCCAGACUGGUGGACUCUUUCCUGCUGUGCUCCAACAUGGAAGAGAGCUUUGUAUAGGAAGAUCCAGAGCAGAGGGGUUGGGUGCACAGCAGUGGAGGCUGCUGAGGGGAGGACGGCUCAUAAUAAUGUCUGGAAUGGAGUAAAAUGGCUGGAAUG